AUGUGUGUGACAGAGAAAGAACUUCAUUUAAAAAUGCUUAACCGCAAGAAGAAAGAUAGAGGAGCUAAAAAGAGCAAACCAGAUCUGAAAAAGACUCAAAAAUCAUCAGAAGGAAAUAAUUUGAAUUUUAAUAAAGGAUUGUCCUUGAAGAAAACAAAAUCAGUUAAAACUAUUGACCAGAUCCGUAAACAGUACAAUAAAAGAAGGAACCACACAAAGGACAAUCUCCGAAAGUUAGGAGCAUUGAGUAAAAACAAAGUUAAUAAGGAGAAAACCACAUCGAUUUUCAAAAGAGGCAGCCGCUGUAAGGAAGAACCUGAAAUGGUGGAAAGCGUUCAAGGAACUGUGUUUACAGAAGAAGACUUUGCCAUGUUUGAACGGGAAUACGUUGUAGACUAG